AUGAGCUUUAUUCCAUCUUCUUAAUUUCUACUUGGACAAUUAUCAAAUCAUUAAUUGUAUUAAAAGUAAGUAGAGGAUAUGAAAAAGAAGAAUUUAGCAGGAUCACUGUGGGAAAUUGUGAAAAAAAUGUCAAGAAAAAAAGAAAAAAAAGAUAAAUCGAAUGAAAAUUAUUUUAGUGAGUUUUCAUAAAAUAUCAAUCGUGGAGCAUUAUAAUGUUUUUCUGAACUUUGUACUGAAUUAGCUUGCAAUAAUAAAAUUACGUAAGUUAAAUUUAUUAAGAAUAGUGAAGUUAAUUUAUCUAGAUGUAAUAUUAAUAUCUAUCAAUCUAUGGAGUUGGCUAAUCUUGUUUAGAAAAAUACAAAUAUCUAAGUAUUAUAAUUAGCAGGAUGCAAUUUGAAUUCUUUUUCUCUAAGUUGUAUAUUCAAAUCAGUAAUAUAUUCAACAUUUUUAUAAAGAUGAUAGAUCACACAGGUUUGACUCAUUUAAAUCUCUCUAAUAAUAAAGGAUUCACUAAGACAUCUAUAGAAGAUUUUUGUAAAUAUGUUUUAAAGGGUAAAAAUCCAUUAUUUGAAAUCAAUUUAAGUUUUUGUAACCUUGAUAAUUCAUCACUUACACUAAUUUUACCAAAUCUAAAACAUUUAAGAUCACUAAAGUAUAUUUCUAUUUUAUUUUUAAGACGAUUUAUCAUCUCAUUAGUAAAUUUAAAAUCUUCUGAAAGUAUUCUAGCUUUGAGUAGUGCAAUAAUUAAUUAUACAGGUAAUAAAUUCUUAGAUUAUUUGGAUGUUUCAUGGAAUUGGAUAACAAAUCAAGGACUAGAACUUUUAAAUGUAGCUUUAUUUAUGUCAGUAAGACAUAUAAACAUUAGAUCAUUGAAUUUAGAAUAUAAUUAAUUGACAUAGGAUUGUAUAGUAUCUUUAGAAACUAUUUUAUUAAAAUUGAAUAUUGAAGAAAUCAAUUUAUCAAAAAAUAAAUUAUCAGAGUUCUAGAAUCCAUAAGUAUUAAAUAAAAAAAUGUCUAAAGUUGAUUUAUCAUAUAAUAGAUUUGAAGAAAUUCCAUAAAAUUUCUUUUUAAAUGUUCUAUCUCUCAAUUUAUCUAAUAAUUCUAUUAAAACUCAAGGAGCUUACUAAAUUUCUUAGGUUGUGAGUUCAAAAAGAGUUAUGUGGAUGGAAUUAAAUCUGAAUAAUAAUGAAAUUUGUACUUAAGGUUUUAUUUCUUUGAUAUAUGCCUUAAGAGAAAAUUAAAGAAUAAUAAGUUUAUCUGUGGCUAAUAAUAAUAUUAAAGGUGAAGGUAUAUUAGUUUAUAUCUUCAAUCAUGAAUAAUUGAAUUUGUAAUAUUUAGAUAUAUCUUAUAAUUAUUUGAGAUAUGACUUAGUUUAUGCAUUAAUUUCUAUGAUGAAAGAAUGCUAAUUAAAAAAAUUAGUUUUAUCAAAAUUAAGAUAAGAUGAGAAUGAUAUAUGUAGUGGAAGAGAAGAAUUGAUUGAAAUUAAAUGCAAUAAUUUAAGAUAAUUAGAUUUCUCUUAAAAUAGUUGUAUGAUUUCAUCAAUACUAAAUUCUUUAUCAAAAUAAUUCAAUAAAAUAGAAUACUUAAAUCUUAAUAGUUGUGAAAUUAAUUAAACAAAUUUGAUUGACUCACUAUCUUCUUUUCUAUCCAAUACUUAAACUUUAUAAACACUAUUAUUGGCUAGAAAUAAUUUAGGAAAGAUGGAUGAAAAGAAUUUUAAAACAUUGAAUGAUGGAUUCUUUAGAAAUAAAUCUAUAAUGUAUUUGGAUUUAUCUUCAAACAAAUUAAAAAUUAAAAUAUUAUCUUUAAUACCUGGAUUGUCAAAUUGUCGAUAUUUAAGAUAUUUGAACAUUAGUAAUAAUUUAAUUUAUGAAACCAAAAACCUUAUAAAGGAUUUUGCAAAAUUGCUUGAUAAAAUUAAUUUAUAAUAUUUAGAUAUAUCGUAAAAUCAAAUUGGUGGAUAAACUUUAUUAUAUGCAAGAAAAAAAUUAUAAAAAUCCUGUCGUUAAUUUCCUCAGAUUAAGAUGCAAAAUUAGAAAUUAACAGCAGAUGAUUUAUAAAUAAUAACUUAGAUAAUUUCUGAAUCAUAUUCAAUAAAAAGAUUAGAGUUGUAAGAUAAUGAUUCUUUAGACUAUAUGAAUAAUAUAAUGUUGAUAGGAAAUAAUGUCAAGGUAGAUUCACUUUCAAUAAAUAAAAUUUUAUUUCGUUAUGAUAGUUUUAGAAAUUUAAUAAGAAUUAUAUAAGAAAAUUUUAGAAAUAUUAGAUUUUUAGAAAUAUCAAAUACAUUAUUAUUUUAAGAAUAAUUAAUAGAGUUAUUUACAACAAUUAAAUUGAUAAGGAAUCUAAUUGUUUUUAUUUUAGACUAUUAAUCAUUUUAAUAAAAAGAUGAUAAGAUUAUUGAUGCAUUAUAUAGUUGUUAAAAUUGUUUUCUAAACCUAGAGCAUUUUAGUGUAAGAAAAUCUAUUCUUAGAUUUUCAUUUUAUGUUUUUGUAUCUGAAUUACUUAGAAAAUCUCAAAAAUUAAUAUAGUUAGAUUUAAGUGGGAAUAUUAUAAAUAAAGAUGAUUUUAAGAUAUUAUGCAAUGGAUUAUUUACAAAUUCAAGUGUUUAAGGUAGUUAUUUUUAUAAUUCUUGUAGCUCUCAAUUUAAAAAAUUGUAGAUUGACUGAUGAAUCAUUAUUAUAACUUAUCCCUUGUUUACACGAUCAUUCUUCAAUUAAACAUAUUGAUAUUUCUUAGAAUGAAGUUUCUUUAAGGUUUUUACUUUAAAUUAAUGAAAUAAUAGGAAAUCAUAAAACUUCAAUUAAAAAUUUAAAAUUAUAGAAUAUACAGAUAUUUUGGGAUGUUGAAUCAAUUUAAAAUGAACUAAAUGUCAUUAAUAUUUUAAGCAAUUUAAAUCAUAUUGAUUUAUCAACUAAUUAUAAAUAGAAUGAAAGUAUAAUUAAAUUAUUAGAUUAUUUUAUAAAAAUUAAAACACUUGAUAACAUAUAAAUCUUAACACUCAAUAAUUGUGGUAUCAUGGAUGAUUAAUGUUAAACCUUAGCCAAUUUUAUUGAAGAUAAUAAAAUAAUAAAAGAGGCAUCAUUUAUUUAAAAUAACAUUACAAGUAAAGGUUUCAAACAUAUUUUUGAUCUUAUACUCACUAACAAAAGUUCUUUAAUUACUUUAAAUAUAUAAAAGUAAUGUAUUUAUUAAUAUUAAUAUAGAAAUUAUAUUGAUGAGCAAUAUUUUUAAGAUUUGACAGCUGCAGAUAUAAUUCCAUUAACAUAUUUUCAGUUAUUAAUAAUAGAUGGAAAUAAAUUUAAAGGACAUGCUCAAGGAAUUUCAUUAAUAUUACAUAGAAAUCCUAGAUUAUACAUAUUUAAUAACUGGAUUAAUGUGACAGAAAUGUUCGCUUAAUAAAUCAUUAAUUAAUAUGUUUUAUUUACAAGUUAACUUAAUUUAAAUAAAGAAGUGCCACAUUAUCUAAAAUAAUUAAUAAUUAGAAAUACAAAUCUAAGUGAUUAAUUUUUUAUAUGGUUUGGAUCAUAAUACUUUAAAUUUCCAUACUUAGAAAUAAUUGAUUUUAGAGGUAGUACAAAACAUAUGACAAGUAUGAGUAAAAUGCAUAUGUACAUAGAUAUUAUAAAUGAAUAUUUAGUAAAUUACAAUAUUUAAGAAGUAUGUUUUGAUCAGAAUUAAGCUUAUUAGUAAAUAUUAUAUGUAAAUUUAGGCUUAAUUAAUUUGAUGAUGGAUUAUUCAAAUAUUGGUUGCUUAAUUUAAAAGUCUUUUUAUAAAAUAAGAAUCAAAUUUCAUUAUCAAAAUUGGAAUAUUAUGGAAAUUAGAUAGAAAAAGUAAAAUGGGGUAAAAUUGGAAAAUGGUUAGUACAUUUAAUAAAUAAAUCAUUAAAUAUAAUUUAAAGUUUAAAUUAUGAUUUCAGAUUUAGCAGCUCAUUACACAGUUUUACAAGAUAAUCAUUAACUAAAAUAAGAAUAUAUUUGAUUAUUGUUUCAAUAAUAGAAAUAAUCAAAAUAUUUAUAGGUGUAAGAUAACUGUAAAUGAGAAUUAAUUUCAAAGAUAAAUUAAUUAAAUGCUAAACUACACAUAAUUAAUGCUUUUAAAAUGAUCUUCAUUGGGGUUUUAUUGGAGAAAUAUCUAUUUAUGUUGUAAUCAUUCUAGCACAAACUAUUGCAACCCUAUUCAUAGCUAUUAAAUUUCGAUUAAUAGCAACUCCAGACUAUUGCAUUUAAACUACAGAAAUGAUAAGAUUUUAACGAUUCAAAUUUCCUCAUAAGAAAGAGUUGUGGCUAUGUAUUUUGUAACUUAUAAUUUGGUUUACAUACCUACUUGAAUGCAGAAUUAUUGGAUCAAAUAUGGAAAUUCUAGCUUUUAUUAAAGAUAGUUAGAUGGAUAACAUAAUAGAUCUCAAAAAUAUGAUCACAAUGGUUAUUAGUUUUAUGACAUCAUUUUUGUUGUUGAAGGCAAUUUUUUAAAUUUAUAUCACUUUCAAAUCUCUCUUAUUAUUUAUUUCAACAGCAAGAACUGAUUCUGCAAAUAUCCUUUAAUCAUUAAUGCUGAAAGUGCAAGCAGAUCAUAUGUUAAAUAUUGAAUAUGUCAUCAGUAAUUUCUGUCCUUAGUCAGGUAUUUAUAUUAAAGGAAGAUUAUGGAAUUAUAAAUAGAUCUUUUAAUCUAUUCAUGGAUUUAUUGAGUUUGCUAUAUUAAUUAAUUUAAUCAUACUUUCAAAAUAUAGAAGAGAUCUUUUAAAUGAACAUAGGGUAUCUAAUAUGUUUACUUCAACUGAUAUUAUUACUAUUAUUUCAUAUGUAUUUUCAAGUAUUAAGAUUGUUAUGCAUCUUUAUUUUGCAUUUCUCUCAAGACCACCAUAACUAAAAGUAUCUGAUCUUAAUGAAGCACUAUUAUUAAGAAGAUAUUAAAAAUUAGGUAAUUAAUUAUAAAUUAUAAAAUAAAAACCAAAUAAAGAAUUUUAUUAAUCAUCAUUAAAAUCUAUUAGUAAAAAUAGUGGUUAAGAUUUUAAAUUUGGGUCUAUUCUAAAUACUAAAAGUGAUAGAAGUAUAGUUUUAUAAAAAAAUACUAUAAUUUCUGUUGAUAAAGAUAUAGAUUAUAUUGAAGAGUUUAUAUAACUUCCUAUGGAUCCAAUAAAAUGUAAAUCUAUGAAGAGCAUUAGAUUAAACUCUUGA